GUUGCCUGAAGCUCAACAUAGGUAUUGUGUGAGACACAUUGAGAGUAACUGGUGCAGAAAAUGGAGGAGUGGUCAAAUGAGGAAGCUGAUGUGGUGGUGUGCUUGGAGUUCCUAUGUUGAAGAGUUCAAGGACCAAUUAAAUAAGUUGGGGAAACUAUCAGAAGAUGGUGCAAGAAAUUUGGUAAAGUAUCCACCAAAGGCAUGGUGUAGAGCUUAUUUUGAUACUCAGUGUAAGAACAUGAUGGUUGAUAACAACUUCACUGAAUCAUUCAAUGCAUGGAUUCUUGAGGCUAGAGCCAAGCCAAUAAUCAAGAUGUUAGAAGAAAUAAGAGUACAAGUGAUGAGAUUGCUAGUGAAAAAUGAAAAGAAGUUAAAGACUUGGGUUACAGAUUUCAGUCCGGAAUGCAUGAAGUUGAACAUCGACUACAGGGCCAUAGCACAUACUUGUAAGGUGGAGUUCAAUGGAGAUUGGGGCUAUGAAGUGUCUGAUGGAGAAGAUAGACACACUGUCAAUCUAAAGGAAAAGAGAUGCACUUGCAGAAUUUGGGAUUUAUCAGGUAUUCCCUGCCCGCAUGCCAUCAAAGCAUUAACACACAAAAAAGUAAAUCCAAUAACUGAAAUACAUUGGUGGUAUAGCAAGGAGGCUUACAUGCUAACAUAUAAAAACAAGAUGCAGCCUGUAAGAGGUCAAAAGUUUUGGAAGGUUGAUCCUUCAAGUGCAAUGUUGCCUCCUUAUGUUGUGAAACAAUUAGGUAGACCAAAAAUGAAAAGGAAUAGAGAACCAGAUGAAGCAAGAAAAAGAAAGGGUGAAUGGUCUCAGUCUAGAAAAGGCACUCAAAUGACAUGUAACAAAUGUGGUGAAUCAAAUCACAAUGUCAGGUCCUGUUACAAGGAAAAGUGUGCUGAAAAUAAUGCACGUUCGAAGAAAGGCAAAAGGCCAAUGUCUAACAAUGAACAUGGUUCUGAUGUUGAGGGUGGAACUGAAGCUGAAACUGGGGCUGAGGCUGUAACACAAGAGUUUGAACCAUAUGGUCCUAAUGUUGAAGAUGAAGAAGAUCCACCUCUAAGACCAAUGGUGAUUUGUGAAUCGGAAUUGAGGGCUGAAAAGUUGAAAAAAAGGGUUGUUCCAACUGGUGCAAGAAAAAUUCAGUUUUAUGGAGAUCACACUGGUGCCUCAGUGCCAAUUAAUCUGCCUUAUUCUCCGAUCAAAACAACAUGGAAGGGAAAAGAAGUUGUCCCUGCUGGACAUGUGCAAAUGCAAGCAAAAAAGAAAAGAUUCAAGAUGAUGGGGGUUAAGGGCAGAAAUCCUGUUGUAGAUGAUGAUUUAUUGUAA